GGUCGUCCACAGGCUUCAGUCUUUGUCACGCCAUUCAAAAGGCUCUUCAGUUUGAUUUUCAGGGAGCAAUGACAUUUGACUGUUGCGCUGAUACCGUCACCAGCUAAUAAGUCAACUGGGACUGUGUUGCGUGUCUCCAUGUUGCCUCUCCAAUGAAGUCCAGUCAUGUAUUGAUUCACGUCAGUGUUCGACAGCUGCUGAAGAAAAAAAAGACAACAUCAAUGAGGAAUAGGAGUUAAAUAUCACCACUGGUCCGAGGAAAGUCUGAAAUACUGUCGGUGUAAAGUCUCAACACAUGAUGUCAUGUUUCAGCUCUAAAUUAUAAACUGAAUUUUAAAAUGUAUAAAUCCAUACGAAAGAUGAGGCACGUCCACCAGUCCCACAAUGCACUGCAACAAUUGAAACACUCAUAAAUAGAUAAACACUCUAUACACUCACACAACACGUAUAAUUUAGAGUCAUCAUUUAACCAAUGUUUAUGGAGGAAAUCGAAGGCUUGAUGUUGUUGAAGCGUCUAAUAUUUAUUAUAGUUGAAUGAAGAGCAAACUGACUGGUGCGACUUCUAAUGGGUUUCUACGAUAUCUACUAAACUCUUCUCUUUAAAGGAGAAGAAAACUUGGUUGUUCUCUCUCAUCGGGCGCUAUUUCUAUUCAUAUUUUGUCGGAAGCGCUUUAUGAAAUGACAUCAUCACGCGUGUCCGCGGCUUUGUCUGAUGCCUGCGUUGACCACGCCCCCCAGCAGGCAGACCAUAAAGCUGCCGGAGUGCUCAGCAGCAGACACCCAGUCAGCGCGUCCAGCGAGGCAGACAGGUGCACCGCCGCCUCCCCGCUCCUUCAGCCUGAAUAUGAGCGCACGGAGCUGCCGCUUGCUUUGCGCGCUCCGUCUUCUUCAGCCGCACCUUUUUAUAUCCUGAUCGCUUCCAGACACGAACAAUGCCUUUUCCGCCCAUCAGCCUCCAUCCGAGGAUCUCCUCUCCAGGCAGGGAUCUGUUCGGGAAGAAGAAACCCACCGGAGUGCCUCCGCAGCCCGAACCCAAACCAGACAAAAGCGGGUCGGAAAAAGACAAGGGCUCCACUUCAUGGGCUUCCGCCAAUCUACGCAAUCUAGGACGCAAAAGCCAGCAGGAGAAGAGUAAGUGUCCGGCGCUGAAGCCGCUCUCAGGUCAGGAGGUCAAGUGCUCCUGGUUCCCCAAACCUCAGGAUCCUGCCGCGGGCGUCCGGCGCUCCAGCUCCAUGGACUCCAGCAGACACCUCCAGGAGCGGGACCAAGCCAAGAAGGAGCUUCAGUUCACGCUCAGCCUCACCCCCGAGGCCAUCCUCGUCAUCCAGAAACGGAACCUGGAGAAGCAGCUGCUGGCCAAGCAGCAGAAGUGCUGCGCGUCAGCGGACUUCCGCCACCGGCGCGUCUUCCCUUCCAAAAAGGCGCACGGAGGCGCGAAGUGCGCGCCGGCGUCCAAGUGCGAAGGAGCGGAACAGGACAUCACCGCUAUUGUCAAAAUAUCGCUGCUCAACGAUCAGUACAAGUACGACGACGUGGAGUACGAGGACGAGGACGGAGACGUGGACGAGACGGUGGUCCGCAAGUGUAAAGAGUGGCUGAAGGGGGUCGAGAACGCGGCCGCUUUGGGCAAAGUGGACAAACUUUCUGCACUACCGCACCUUAAGGGCUGCUGAUGACGUCAUGGCGAGCACGGACUCAGGUGGUGAAUGACUUAUUUAUGUUGUAGGACACGCGCGCUCGUUUCUCCAGACGCUUGGAUUGAAUGGAGAAUCAUUUCCUUGACCCAUUAUGAACCUUCCGUUCUGGGAUGAUGCUUCGCCAUGUUUGCCUCUGCAGCCCAAUAUUUAAAAAAAAAACCCCACUUAUUCUUUGCACAUGGGUUCAGUUGUCAGUGUGGCGCCACGGUAUGUGUGUGAGUGUGUUGGCAGAGGCGUCUGUGUAAGGGCCUGGAAACCAUCCCUUUGUGUGAGAGAACAAUACGCUGUCAACAACAGGGAUUUUAUACUCGUCUGCUGCUGAAACCAAACUGGACUCUUUUAUGUUCCCCUCUACAAAGGUUUGUAUCCCUUUGUAGACGUGUAAGAUAUUGAAUUCAUAUUUGUACCAGCCCAUGUUUUCAAUGGAACUUGAAGUAAAAUGUUGACAAGC